GAGGCAGGCGGCCGGGGCGGCUCACUUCCUCCGGCCGCCGCAGCCUCCGGAGGGGUGGCGGCAGGACGAGCCACGGCGGCCGAGGCACCAUCCAAGGACUCUUGUGGAGGCCACUAGCUGCUUUUGCAGCAGCUGAACGUAUCCCAGGAUACAGGAGCUGCAGAGGGAGCAACACAGGCAGCUUGCCCAGGAACCAACAUGGAGCAGAAGAUCAGCUCUUUCUUUAACUCCAUCUUGGAACUCAUCCGUACCAAGCAUGAAGAGGGCAUCUUCAACACCGUCUGCCUGGCUGUGCUUUUGGGCCUGCCCUUUGUUGUCCUCAUUGCCUUCAUUUUCAUCUGUUGCCACUGCUGCUUUUGCAGCAGGAGGAGAGAAAGAAGAAAGAAAGGUGGCCCCAACAGCAACGGGCAGCUGCACGCAGAAAGGAACAAGAAGAAAAAGAAGAAGAAGAAGAAGGAUGAAGAGGACCUGUGGAUCUCUGCUCAGCCCAAGCUGCUUUUGCUGGACAAGAGACCCUCCUUGCCUAUCUAGCAGACAGGAGAGUAUCCAGAGCAUUCCCUCUGAGGUGCCACCUGUUCUUCCAGCUAGGGCGAGGAGAUGCCAAACUCGGUGCCACUUGGUGGUGACUUCCUAAUGCAGCUGAGCCCAGCAACUAACCAGCACAUUGAAGGGCUGGCAGAGAGCAAGGCAGCCAGGCACAGGCUUAUUCAAGCCCCCUCUCCCCCACCAGGACAGCACAGCUAAGGGCAGAAAGCCCUCCUAAGGACAGGUGUGCAUGCAGACACGUGCCCUGCUGAGCACACGAGGGUGACCUGCCACCAGGCUGUCACCUACCUCCCACCACAAGUACAAGCACACAUACUGGGCUGGCAGGCAGCAGACUGGGUGCAAGGGUCUCCCUCUGCACCCACCUGCAAGCACAGGCACCACGGCACAGACAAGGGCACGCAGGACCAUGUGCACUCCAAGGCUGAGCUGUCUGCAUGCUCCCCCUGCACGAACAUAACAGCUGCACGCAAAGCAAGCACAGGAGCACACUUCCUUCCCUUGCCCUGCCACGGAGCUGGCACAGCUGGCUUGUCUGGGCUCUGUCCAAACCCAGCUCACGCUGGAAAUGCAAAGCAAGCCUAGUUAAGACUUACCUCACAGCUCUAAGAUGUGCCACCAAACCGAAGGCAACUGAGAGCAUCUGAAGCCAGAUACCCUCAGCUCAACCUUAGAGACCUCAAGACACUCCUCUGUGGCAGCAAAGCAGAAGGAUGCGUUGCCAGCCAGGCUAGAGGCAGGGAGGAGAGAGGAUGCUGCAAGUCCAGCCCUUUUGCACCAGCACUUAAAAAUGCCUCCUUGAAAGACUGUUUUCUACAGACUCACUGCUAGAGAGCCCACCAUGCUGCUGCAAGAGCAGGAACACAAGCUGAGGCUGUACAAAGGCUUAGCUGUGGGCAUUAGAGUUAUUUAUUGAAUGACUACUGAAGAAGAGCAGGACCAAAAGCCCUCUCCGGGGGCUAGGCGCACCGAAGCAGUAUUGAAGCAGCAGGCACGCUUCCCUGGCACACUCAGGCAUCCCUUCUCCCUUGUGCCAUGCCUUUGACACACAGACCCACCAGCACAUGCCACUGCCAGCUGAUGCCAUGUGGGCAGCUCUGUAUGCCACUCGGAGGGCUUCGGUACGGCUGGAAAGGAGCAGAGGGGAGCAAAGCUCACACAUCCCUUGCCCAGGGAUACGUCGUGCAGCUCAACCCUGCACCUUUCCCAAGCCUCGUCUUCAUCAGACACAUGAUGGCUCAGCUGGCCACAGCAGCUAGCAAGGCCACACACAGCUCUCACCCUGCUCUGGGUUUGGCUCUCUGCUGCCCUGAGGCCUGCAUGCACAGCCUUCCUCCUGCAGAGCUCUCUGUACCACCAAACUCUGAUGCCUCCAGCUUGUUUUGCUAGCAAGGGACUUAAGCAUGUGGUGACAAGCCCCAUGCCAUCUGGGUUUUUGCCUGUGUCUCUACACUGGGUGCUUUCCUCCUCUUUUCCUCCAGUCCUUCAGCUGCUGGAGCACAUUGGAGCUACCAGCCAGAGGCAGACAUCUGGGGAACGAGUAGCCAAACCAGCACAGGCCAGCCUAGGUGGAGCUGCUGGGCAUAACUGCUUCCAGCCCAGAUGAGGGUGAUGCUGCCUUUUCCUGGCAGCUGGGCCACACUUUGGCAGAAGGCAAAGCUGCCAGUUAGAAGCAGCCACUUGUGCCACCCAGUCCCAGCACAGCCUGUUCUGGCUGAGUCAGGGUGGUGAUGUUAACAUCACGUCAUGGGGCUUGGCUCUGUGCAGCUGUGCUGGUAACAGCCAGGAGGCCAGCCUUCCUACACAGGCCUUUAAAUUGACCCCAUAUGUGCCUUGUUUUCCACUUUGCUUUGUUAGCAUUAAAAUAAGUGAAUCCCUUCUCCAAAACAGGAAGCAAUAUAUAAUGCUAUAAAAGAAUAGGAUUCAGAAUCCUAGAAUCAGUCAGGGUUGGGAGGGACCACAAGGAGCAGCCAGUUCCAAGCCCCCUGCCAUGCCUAGGGACACCCUACCCUAGAGCAGCCUGGCCACAGCCUCAGCCAGCCUGGCCUCAAACACCUCCAGCCAUGGGGCCUCAACCACCUCCCUGGGCAACCCAUUCCAGCCUCUCACCACUCUCAUGCUCAACAACUUCCUCCUCACGGCCAGUCUUAAUCUCCCCACCUCCAGCUCUGCUCCAUUCCCCCAGAGCCUAUUUACCACACCUAAUCCUGGAGAGAAACAUGCAGGAAAACCUCUGUCUCUGUCACAAUCUCUCAUUCCCUCUCAGACCCCAGAGAACCAGCACUGUCCUUGGAUUAUUUCUUCACCCUUCCCUCCAUUCCCCCAUCCAGGUGAUUUUCCCAUCCCCCCUGCCUCCACACUCACCGGGUGGGCAAAGCAGCUGGCUCCUGUGGGCAGGAAAGCUGCCCACACAGGUGCUCCUCCUGCUGUAAUCCAGAGGCAUCAGAAGCCCUGGAGGCAAGGUGGUGCUGCCUAGAGGAUUCAAAAAGCAAACAUGAGAGCAAAGGAAAGCAUGGUGGGAGGCCAGAGGCUCACCCAAACAAGCAGGGGCAUGGAGGCAGCAGGCUCUAGCAGAGUGCAGCCUCCUUGAUGUGGAGCUCUUAGGCAUUGCAUAGCUCCCUGCAAGAAGGUCCUUCUCCAGAAGGGUUAGCAACUUAAAUGUCAGGUGAGGGCAACCACCCCCUAUAAGAAGCACAGAAGUGGCAAUGCCCAUGUUGUGUCAACAUAAAACAUCUCCAUUCCAGGCUUUGGGGAGCUUGGAGCCAGGUCUGUAUUUCAACAACCUGCCAAACUCAUCAUUCCGACUCCCCCUGGGCUAAGCACCAUCAGGAUACAACCCUGCCCUGCUCCAUCUGACCUGUGAGGGGUCUGAGCCUCAGCACCCCACAAAACAAGAGGCUGACUCGAUCAGGGGGCUGCUGUUUGGGCCAAACCAGGCACUCAACUGCUUUGUGAGGCAGAAGAGAGUGACAGCCUGAGGUGCAGCAGGGCAGAGGUGACCCUACAGCACCCAUGCCAAUAGGGCAGCAGGACAGAGGUGACCCUGCAGCACCCAUGCUGAUAGGGCAGCAGGACAGAGGUGACCCUGCAGCACCCAUGCUGAUAGGGCAGCAGGACAGAGGUGACCCUAAAGCACCCAU